AGAAAGUGGCGGGGUGGGCGGGCUGCGGCCGGUCCGCCUGAAACUUCUGAGUAACAUCAACAGGGGGAGGGGAGGGAGGGCGGCGGUGGAGGAGGACGGUGGUGGCGGGGGGGAAGGUUAGCAGCAGCGCAGCCCUCCCCGCCGCUCCCGCAGCACCCGGCCCGUGCCGGGCUGGGCAGGCCCCUCACACAAAGGAGGGCAGGGCAGGCAGCGCUGCCCCCUUCCCCCGCCUCGGCAGAGGGGCAGCGGGAGGCCCUUCCCGUGCACAGCACUCACAGCCACUCGCUCCUCUCCCGACCCCGGCUGCCUCUCCUCCUCCUCCUCCUCCUCCCCCUGCUCUCCCGUCUCCCUCCCGCCCGCUGUCCAUGUAGCCGCCCGGCCGCCGGCCCCUCCGCACUAUGCCCAUCUUACUCUUCCUGAUAGACACGUCCGCCUCCAUGAACCAGCGGGCGUACCUCGGCACCAGCUAUCUGGACAUAGCCAAAGGCGCUGUAGAGACUUUCAUGAAGCUGCGGGCCCGGGACCCGGCCAGCCGCGGCGACAGGUACAUGCUGGUCACUUUCGAGGAGCCUCCCUACGCCAUCAAGGCUGGCUGGAAGGAAAACCAUGCGACGUUCAUGAAUGAACUGAAAAACCUUCAGGCUGAAGGACUUACAACUCUUGGCCAGUCCCUAAGAACAGCUUUUGAUUUAUUAAACUUAAAUAGAUUAGUAACUGGCAUAGACAACUAUGGGCAGGGAAGAAAUCCAUUUUUUCUGGAGCCAGCAAUAAUUAUAACAGUUACCGAUGGAAGUAAAUUAACUACAACAAGUGGAAUACAGGAAGAGCUCCACUUACCUCUCAAUUCCCCUCUGCCUGGAAGCGAGUUGACCAAGGAACCCUUUCGAUGGGAUCAGAGGCUGUUUGCUUUAGUUCUUCGUUUGCCUGGUGUUUCAUCACCAGAAUCAGAGCAGAUGGCAGGUGUACCAGUGGAUGACUCUGCAAUCACACCAAUGUGUGAAGUCACAGGAGGUCGAUCAUACUGUGUAUGCUCUCCAAGAAUGCUGAAUCAGUGUCUUGAAUCAUUGGUGCAAAAAGUGCAAAGUGGAGUGGUAAUAAAUUUUGAAAAAGCUGGACCAGAUCCCUCGCCAAUUGAUGAUGGACAGAUGGAUAUAAGUAGGCCCUUUGGACCCCAGCCUUGGCACAGCUGUCACAAACUCAUUUAUGUCAGACCAAACCCUAAAACUGGGGUUCCUAUAGGUCAUUGGCCUGUUCCUGAAUCUUUUUGGCCAGAUCAGAAUUCGCCAACUCUGCCACCCCGCACUUCUCAUCCUGUGGUGAAAUUCUCCUGCACUGACUGUGAGCCGAUGGUCAUUGACAAACUGCCUUUUGACAAAUAUGAGUUAGAGCCUUCACCACUGACCCAGUUUAUCCUGGAAAGAAAAUCUCCUCAGACCUGCUGGCAGGUGUAUGUGAGCAAUAGUGCAAAAUACAGUGAACUUGGUCAUCCUUUUGGUUACUUGAAAGCUAGUACAGCCCUGAAUUGUGUGAAUUUAUUUGUGAUGCCUUAUAAUUAUCCAGUUCUUCUUCCACUGCUAGAUGACUUGUUCAAAGUACACAAGGCAAAGCCAACGUUAAAAUGGCUACAGUCAUUUGAAAGCUAUUUGAAGACAAUGCCUCCUUACUAUCUUGGGCCUUUGAAGAAAGCUGUGAGAAUGAUGGGAGCACCAAACCUUAUAGCUGACAAUGUGGAAUAUGGACUUAGUUACAGUGUCAUUUCAUAUCUCAAAAAGUUGAGUCAGCAGGCCAAAAUAGAGUCCGAUAGAGUCAUUGGCUCUGUAGGCAAAAAGGUAGCGCAAGAGACUGGAAUUAAGGUCAGAAGCAGAUCACACAACCUGUCUAUGGCACAUAGGAACGAUUUUCAACAUCUGCUACAGGGGAUUACUGGGGAAAUUCCUCAUAGACCUCUAGACUUCAAUAUGAAGGAGUAUGCUGGGUUCCAAAUAGCUUUGCUGAAUAAGGACUUGAAACCUCAAACUUUUAGAAAUGCUUAUGAUAUACCUAGAAGAAAUCUUUUGGAUCAAUUAACACGAAUGAGAUCUAAUUUACUGAAGAGUACUCGGAAGUUCCUCAAAGGACAAGAUGAAGAUCAAGUUCACAGUGUACCUAUAGCACAAAUGGGAAAUUACCAGGAAUAUCUAAAACAAAUACCUUCUCCACUCCGAGAGCUUGAUCCUGAUCAACCUCGAAGGCUCCAUACAUUUGGCAAUCCAUUCAAGUUGGACAAAAAGGGAAUGAUGAUAGAUGAAGCAGAUGAAUUUGUUGCUGGGCCUCAGAAUAAACAUAAACGUCCUGGAGAACCAAGUAUGCAAGGGAUUCCAAAAAGGCGCCGGUGUAUGUCUCCCCUGCUCAGAGGUCGACCACAGACUCCUCCAGUUGUAAAUAACCACAUUGGAGGAAAAGGACCACCAUCACCAAUCACACAAGCACAGCUCGACCUUGUUAAACCUAUUCCUAUUCACAAAACAUCAGAAGCUAAUAAUGAGAUUGCAAUGGAUGAUGUGGUAGAGAAUCAUGUUACAGACCCGCUUUCAUCAGAUGAUUUCCCAGAUGCUGUGGAUUCUGAAUUUUCAAUGUCUUCUUCAUUCAAUUCAUUGGAUCGAUCAGCAGCUCAUAUAGAGGGUGCAGGCCAUGAGCAUCUAGGGAAUAACUUGAAUGUUGAUGGAUUUUUGGAGAAUCAUGAUGAAUCAAGUAGUAAAGAAGAAAAUACUGAAGACAGUUUGCCAAUAUCUUCAACCAGCAAAGGGAAAAAAACAGUGCCCUGCAGAAGUUCCAGAGAGAUUAAUAUAGAGCUGAGAGCACAAAUCAUGAAAGAGAUCCGAAAACCAGGAAGAAAAUACGAAAGAAUCUUCUUUUUACUGAAGCAUGUACAAGGAAGCUUACAAACCAGACUGAUAUUUUUGCAAAAUGUAAUUAAAGAAGCUUCAAGGUUUAAAAAACGAAUGCUGAUAGAACAGCUGGAGAGUUUUCUGGAAGAAAUCCAUCGCAGAUCCAAUCAGGUCAACCAUAUCAACAGCAGCUAAGGAACUGCACAGCAGAGCCACAGCAGGGCACUGCUGUUCUUACUUGCAUUCAUUUUUGACAUGCACUCUUAUCCCAAGUUCUGUAUAUGGAAGAAUGAGAAGCUGCUCUAUAAAAGAAUGAGAAAAGUAUCUGUCAUCUUUUUUUUUUUUUUCUUCCUUUCUGUUACUUUGUAAUGUGAAAAAAUAUCACUAAAACAUUUUUAUUUAACUAAAUGGAGAACUCCUUGUCUGUCCACGGACUUCAGUGUCACUUUCCCUCAGGUUCUAUUUUCUUACGCUGAUCUUCGAAACGAUCACCUCUUAAGGUUGAGCUUUGCCAAAAAGUUGAUUUGUAAUUUUCAGAAAAGAGGAAAAAAAAAAAGCACAUACAUAAAACAAGGUAAUGUUUUGUAUAUACAGUUAUUUUGGAUAUAUUAUUGUAAGUUGUAUAAAUGUAUUUUGACAAAUAUUUAAGAAAAGCACUUUUGUUAUUCCAUCAAUAAAAGCUCUAUUUUAACGUUU